GAAGCAAUUUGCCUGAGUGGCAGGGGAACCGGAAGUGGGGGUGCUGGGGCGAGGAAGGACUCACAGAGCGGGGCCGCCGGACUAAGCGAGCAAUAGACACUCCACCCGCCCACGCCGCAGCCGCUUGGGGCCCGGAGGGACCCUCUGCCUGAGUGUAGAAUGAGCCAAGGAGACUCAAACCCAGCAGCCAUUCCACAUGCAGCGGAAGAUAUUCAAGGAGAUAACAGAUGGAUGUCUCAGCACAACAGAUUUGUCCUGGACUGUAAAGACAAAGAGCCUGAUGUGCUAUUUGUGGGGGACUCCAUGGUGCAGUUAAUGCAGCAAUAUGAGAUAUGGCGAGAGCUCUUUUCCCCACUCCAUGCACUGAAUUUUGGAAUUGGGGGAGAUACAACAAGACAUGUUUUGUGGAGGUUAAAGAAUGGAGAACUGGAGAAUAUUAAACCCAAGGUCAUUGUUGUCUGGGUAGGAACAAACAACCAUGAAAAUACAGCAGAAGAAGUAGCAGGCGGAAUCGAGGCCAUCGUACAACUUAUCAACACUAGGCAGCCACAGGCCAAAAUCAUUGUAUUGGGUUUGUUACCUCGAGGUGAGAAGCCCAACCCUUUGAGGCAAAAAAAUGCCAAGGUGAACCAGCUCCUCAAGGUUUCCCUGCCAAAGCUUGCCAAUGUUCAGCUCCUGGAUAUAGAUGGGGGCUUCGUGCACUCGGACGGUGCCAUCUCCUGCCACGACAUGUUUGAUUUUCUGCAUCUCACAGGAGGGGGCUACGCAAAGAUCUGCAAACCCCUCCAUGAACUGAUCAUGCAGUUGUUGGAGGAAACACCUGAGGAGAAACAAACCACCAUUGCCUGACCGCCUCCUGUCAGUGUUAAUUGCAUCCCAGCUUCCUCAGAUCAGUUAUGUCACUGGCACUACAGAAUCCUCUUUCUUAAGGCACUUUGCAUUGUAGAAUGUUCCUGGAUGUUCAUAUCUAGUGUUUGAAAGGGAGGAGGAAUUUAAACUGGUCCUGUACAUAGGUCUGUUUGACCCCGGAGGAAAACUAGUUAAGGAAGAUUGUUGUUUAAAUUCAUUUGAAACCAGAGGGGACUUUUUAGUUACAUGUGUGACACAGUCAUUGAAUUACCACUGUUUUUUCUAGGACAACAUGAAGCCUAAGUACUAAACAGAAUGAAGAUUUCUCUUCUUGGCCUUUGUUUCUGUGGAUUAUGUCAUACAUAAUAAUUAUCAGAAUCACAUGUACUGGGCUUUAAAACAUUUUUUCCCAGUUUUUAAGGAUCAUAAUUUAGCCUUUUGUUUUUAUUUUCCUUUACUCAUAUGUAUUCUUUUUUAAAACCAUUUUUUUAUUGUUACUCUGUGUAUUCUUAAUGUUUUCACACAGCAUCAGAUUGGACAUACUUGUCAUUCAGAUACGGGGAGUGCUGUAGUUCCAAGUGCAUUUGUUCCACUCAGUCUUUUUUGGACUUAGCAGUGAAAUAUAUGUUUUGCCCCUUUUGGGGGAGUCUGUGGAGGGUAUUAUUUUUAUGCUGCUGAAUAUCAUGUCUGUAAUAGACCCAUGCAUGCAGCUUUUCCGUCCUGUUUCUUUUGGUCCUUGUUGACAUGCUUUUAACAUUUUUGAUGUAGGAGCUCUAUCGCUGGAACUGUUGAGUCCCCAGCCAGUUACUCUCAUGAUAUUUCUGAUGUGCGACUCAUUCUUGCAUGUGGUAUUCUGUGCUAUAGAGUCUGUAUAGUGCUAUCCAUAUUCAGAGUUCUGGUUUGUUUUGCUUGUUUUUCCCUUAGAACCUGUUAACAGUUUUUUUUUGGGGGGGGUGGAGAUCAGAACUCUUAUUUUUCAUUCCAUAAGCCUGAUAUUUCAAAUUUUAUAGUAUCUUAAGGUGUAUUUUUUUUUUUUUAUUUUAGUUUUUAAAUUAUAACAGUCCGGAAAAAUUUGGCCUUUUCUAAUGGGGAAACAAGUGAAACUGUUCUUCAGAAUUGACAUUCUACUUGAUCCCACCAUUUUAGUAACAAAGAACUAGAUUUAUUUAAAUUUGAGGAUUCUCCUUAAUAUAGCAUCAUAUCAGAAUUUCUUUCCAGAGAGCUCUGUAUAAUCUUAAUGGUUUGUCCGAGCUACAGUAACUGCCAUUUUAAAAGUAAUGGGACAAAAGAUGGUUUAUUGUUCAAUGUACCUAUGAAAUGUGUACAAACUGGAUCUACAAACAAAUAUUUUAAACUGGACUGGGUAGAUAUUGAAGUAAUCCAUCCAGAUGUGCUCUACAGUGAUUCUGCUUAACAUUCGAGUUCAGUAACUAAGGCAAGUAUUUUAUGUUCUGCUUGCAAGGCAAAUAGCAGUGCUUUGUGUGUUGGAGGGGUGUCCCGAUUUGUGCUAAGAGCCACUUCUGAUUGAAUGGGACAGAACUUGGACUUUUUUUUUUUCUUGUCAAGCGACUUUCUAGGAAUAUUAUUGGUUUUGUUUUUUGUCUUUUUUAAAAAAUACAAACAUUCUUAAUGUAUCAUGUCUUCGUUAACAAGAAAAUACACAUGGUGUUUACUAAACUCAUUUACCAUAUUAAAAUUUUAUUUUUAUUAGCCCAGGUACUUGAAUUUUUCAAGACAGAUUUUUUCUCUUAGCUGGGAUAUAGUUCUAAGGAGAAUAAUUAAUUAACCCACAGUUUGUGUGUGAAAAGACCGUUUUCUAUCCAGGUCUUCUGUUUGUUGGGUGGGAGUGUGGUCCAAACAAACCUGUAGGUUACUCCAGCAUAGGCUUUGAGCUUCUCUUGACUAAGGAUUAAAUAGUCCUUUGUGAGCUGGCCUUCAGCUCCUUUGCUUAUGUGUGUAAACCUGAGGCGUUAUUACAUUUUCUAUCUACCAGAGCUAUGUGAGCAAUAGUAUUUGAACCACUAGUCUUUUAAAUAAAAGUCUGCCCCAUUACUAAUGUGCAGAUGUUGAGUCUGCUUUUAUUUCUUGCCAGCUUUCAUUGCAUUGCUUUAGGCAAAAAGUACUUAACCUGUUUUUCCUUCAUUGACAUCCCAGUUUGCUACAGUGAUAGAACUUAAUGCUUAAUCUCUAUAUUUCUCACUCUCAAUCUCUCGCGCUCUCUCUCUCUCUCUCUAAUAUAUGUGUAUGUGUGUGUGUGUAUACACACACAUACAUGUAUAUAUAAACUUAAUGUAUUCUCCAAGUGAAAUGUCCUUGUCAUUGUGAUGAAGGGGCCAAAUUUCCAGGCAGCUAGGAGAAGUAAUAUUCUGUUACUCUCCCAGCAAAUUUUAAUUCAUUUGUCCACCCAUUCUGGAUAAAUAAGUAGCAGCUGAUGUUGGCGCUACAAGAUUUGUGUGGUGACAUCUUGAAUGUGGCAGGUGAAAGAUGUAUACUGCCAGGGGUGAUCUAGGGCCUGUUGUUUUGCUGCCCUUAAUACUCUAGACUGUCAUGGGCUUAUUUGUACUAUAGCUUUUGUCAAAAACAUGAACCCACCAAAAAGAAAUGUGGAGUAGUUUAUGCUCUGCUGCUAAGAAUUCUGUCUCAUUGUUAAUUCUAACUUUUUUUUUCUUUAAACCUAGCCACUGUUUACAGUUGUAUGCUAAAGUCUGAAAUAUUGUCUGUGCUGUGGUAUAUGGGCACUGCCAACUUUAUAUUUAUUGCAGUGAAGAAACUAAAAAUAUAUGAAAAUGUGGGUGCAUGUGGGAGAAGUGAGUUGGGGGUCUCAAGAAAGGAGGCUUUUUGGGGUGGGAUCUCCCAGGCUUCUCCUUGGUGUUCCUUCUUGGGGAUCACUGCUGCUAGUUGACUGGACCUUCCCAACGGAAGUUUGUGAUUCCGCUUUGGCAAAGUUUCAUUGACUAGUAGAACUCAUUCUGUGUUAGUGUAUAGUUCAAUAUAAAUGUGAACAUUUCAUUUAAA